CCUUGCAAUUAACGUGUUAAGUAGUUGCAUGCGUAAGACAUCGUGGGACAUUACUUGAUGCAAAGUGCAACCAACAUAUCAGUCUUUUUGCGUCGUGAGAAAAGUUAGAAAGAGAGAAAGACAAGAAGAUGUUUGCAAUUUUUGCGGCUGCUUCCUCGACCCUUUCUGAGGCGACGAAGGACCAUCUGAGCACUUUGCUUUUAAUGUUCCUGAUAUUAUUGAUUGGAUUGGUGAGCAAAAUUCUCAAUGAUAAGCACGUGAAGGAGACUGUCGAUCCGAAAACCGCUGGUCGAGCCUGUCCCACUCCGCCCGGGCCUAUAGCUUGGCCGGUCCUGGGGAACUUGCUUCAGCUGGGCACCAAGCCGCACGUGACGCUUACCAACUGGAGGUCCAUGUAUGGAGACGUCUACCAGAUGCAGAUGGGCAGUCGCCCCACUGUUGUCCUGAAUGGCCUGGAGACCUGCCGACAAGCACUGGUCAAACAAGCUGAAGAUUUUGCUGGUAGGCCUGCCUUUUAUUCCUUUAACUUCAUUGGCAACGGGAAAAGCAUGGGGUUCUGCGAUUUUGGCACCCGCUGGAAGUACCAUCGUCGCAUAGCACAGAAUGGCGUAGCAAUGUUCGUCAAUGACCGGCAUAAUCCGAUAGAAGAGUUUAUCAAAGCAGAGGCAGCUUUUCUGGUACAGAAACUCAAUGAAUCCAACGGAGAGAAAUUUAACCCGCAUAAUGAAAUCUACUAUUCCGUCGGCAACAUAAUUUGCGCACUGUGCUUCGGUAAAAGAUACAGACGCGACGAGCCAGACUUCCAGCAGCUUGUUAAAAUGAACGAAGAAUUCAUGGCUUUUGCUGGGGCGGGAAACCCAGUGGACAUAAUGCCCUGGACGCGAUGGCUCACGAAACGGUCCUUCGACAAAUUCAUUGCCAUUUUGAAAACCAUGGACAAUUUUUGCUUGCGUAAGACCAAAGAACAUUUAGAUACGUACGAUGAUUCUCUGACCCGGGACAUUACCGAUUUUCUUAUCAAGACCGUUCGUGACACACCACAGGAAGAGAAGGACGCCGCCGAAAUUACCGACGAGCAUAUAAUGACGACAGUGCAGGAAAUCAUCGGCGCCGGCUUUGACACCAUCGCUACCACUCUCCAGUGGGGUGUAUUGCUUAUGACACGCUACCCGGAACACCAAGCUAAGGUCCGUAAAGAGAUCGACGCCAUUAUCGGCCAAGAGCGCGCACCGGAGCGUAGUGACAUCGGCACCCUUCCCUUCACCGAGGCUUGCAUCUUGGAAACGAUGCGUUUUUCGUGCAUCUUUCCCUUUGCGCUCCCUCAUUCUACCACACGUGACACCGUUUUGAAUGGCUUCUUCAUUCCGGCCAACACCCUGGUUUUCGUGAACCAAUGGAGUAUUACGCGCGACGAAAGCAAAUUCCCUGAUCCGGAGGUGUUCGACCCGCGACGAUUUUUGACCGAUGACGGCCUGGCAUUAGACAAGGCAAAGGCAGAGCUAUUCCUCCCUUACGGAGCUGGGCGAAGAAGGUGCCCGGGCGAACCGUUGGCUAAAAUAGAAAUGUUCAUCUUCUUCGUUACACUUCUGCAGAAAUGCCGCUUUGAGCCGGUGGUGCUAAACAUGAGCACGGAAAGCAAAUACGGCCUGACUCUUAAGCCUAAAGAUUUCGAGGUGUAUGUUAAACCACGUGCAUUAUAAAUUGGAGAACAAUUGGUUUACGAGAAAGAAAGAAAGAAAGAAAGAAAAAAGG